AUGGCUGCCCUGAUCCGGGGGCGGCCUCGUUGUCGGUGUUCUUGGAUCACCACCAGUUUUGGACUAGCCACAGGUCGAAGCCUGUCUUCCUCUGCGAGGAAUCCGUCCUCAGCCGACGCACAGGAAGUGGCAGAAGCAUUUCUGAACAAGUUCUCCAAGGGACAGACAUUUGUACGCAAACAGUUGCUGGAUGCCAACCAGCUACGACUCUUUUCCCUCACGUUGGAUCGGCCACACCUGUGGCCUAGCUCAGCCUUGCUAUCCAAGACCUUGGAGGAGACGGAGCCCCUUCCAGGCACACCCGUCCCGGCGGGAUACCAUCUAAUUUACUUUACACCAGCCCAAUUACCCGGCAUCUUGGGGCUAGACGGCACGGAUGCAUCAUUCAAUCCGGAGGCGCCGUUCACACGACGCAUGUGGGCCGGAGGGUCAUGCCACUGGCCAGGGGCGGACCCCAGUCGAAGUGAGCUGGCGCUGUUGAGGGUUGGCGACACAGUGACGGAGGUGACCAAGGUGCUGAGCUGCGUGCCUAAGGUGAUCCGAAAGACCGGCGAGAGUAUGCUGGUUGUCGGAGUCGAAAAAGAAUUCAGGAAUGGCAAGGAUGAGCUCUGCGUGGUCGAUCGACGAAACUGGGUGUUCAGACCGGCUUUGGAUCCCUCGAGACCCGCCUCCGUGGUGCCGAAGCGGCCCGAAUUGUCUCGGACUGAACUCGAGGAAGCAGCCAGGGGCAAGAUAGUCCGCGAGUACACCCGCAGCGAGGUGACGCUCUUCCGCUUCUCGGCCUUGACGUUCAAUGCCCAUCGCAUUCAUUAUGACAAGGCUUGGGCUACCCAAGUUGAAGGCCAUAGGGGCGUGGUCGUCCAUGGACCCAUGAAUCUGAUUGCGAUGCUCGAUCUCUGGCGUGACGAGACUGUCGACCAGGGAGUGGGCACAGCACGCAAUGAUAUUGUGUACCCCGAGAAGAUCGACUACCGGGCUACUAGUCCUGUCUACUCGACAGAGCCGUAUCGGGUGAUGAUGCCGGCCGAGGCUGUCGAUGCGAAGGAGGCUGAUGUGACGGUGGUCAGCAACGAUGGUACGGUUUGCAUGAAGGGGACCGUGACCGAUUGGUCAUGA